UGUAUAAAAAAUCUGAAAGUUCGUAUCGAGAACCUGUAAGUUUGCAUUGUGAACCUGUUUAGCACAAGGAAUACGAAAGAAUUAAACUAGCAACGCUUAGUUUCUCCCAGCGUUUUCAAGAAAAGCGAAAAACAAUAGCUGACAUUAUCGCUGCUCCUUUGAGAAGGCCCCUUGAUCUUCCGUUCUGAUGAAGAAGAAACGAAAAAAAAAGGAGAGAGAACGCACGAUUUCGUGGAAUUGAGCUAGCAAAUCCACUUCUCACCCCUGACUUGUUUCAGUGCCGCCACCCUCGAGUUCUCUCUAGCGAUUCCUUUCUAGAAAUUCUAUCCUUCCAUGUCGCCAGAGCCUUCUUCUUAGCCUCUACUCUCACAUUCUCAGCAACGAUCACUAUAUUCUCUAACGAGUUCUUGCCACUAGAAAACCACCCCCUUGUACUGUGAAUGUAGCGCUUGCUGCUAGCCCUGUGCUCUAGAGAUCCAUCCCUGACUCUCUCUAUCAUCGUUAUCUUUCCCAAAGAGAUGACAGCUCUGCUACCCCUGUGCUCUAGAGAUCCAUCCCGGACUCUCUCUACCAUCAUGGAAUCCAUCGUCUUCUUCCUGGGAUGGAGCAGCCACUGGACGAUCUGGCUCCUCCUCCGCGCGGAUAAUCUCGUCCAGGAAUUCGUGGAGCUGAUCUUGGAGGCGAACCUGGUAGAGCCUGGGUGUGAUCGUCGGCGGCGGCUUCUUCUACCUGGCGCUAGAUUCUAGGCCUAGCAGCGGAUGGAGUGAGCGAGCUAUAGUCCACGACGCCACUUCUCUUCCUCCUCCACUUCGUUCGAUUGUUGCAUCGAUCGCUUUCUCAUCUCCAAAACCCUAGGAAGAAUGCGUUCACCUCUCUGGAUCCAGCAAUGCGCGGCCGAUCUAGACGAGCUAGCUCCGCUCCUCCAGCGCUCCAAGAUCGCAUCGAUCGAUCGAUCGUCUCGCUAGGGUAAAGAAUGGUGGAUGGAAAUAUUUCGAGGGUUGUUGGUGUUUGAAAGAGUCAGGAUGGGCGAGGCGCUACUGUCGACCCUUCCCGCUGGAGGAGAUCACUGUGCGGCUUCUUCUGCCAGGGCGGGCACUGGAUUCGCGACCGUGGCAGCGUCAUGGCGCCGGCGACGAGACAAUCCCAGGUUUUCUAGCUUCUCGAGUUCCAGGGGAAGAUCUGGAAGACGUCUCGUGGUUACAUUCUCUAGCAAUUCGGAGCCGCAAGGAAAGAAUGAUAGCCUCCAGCUCUAUGGACAGAUCGAGAAGGUUUUUGUGGACUCUGCGAUGAAAGCACAAGGAACUCUUGGACGCUGGCAAGAAAUCCAAGGAGCAUGGAUUCUAAGACCGAGCAAAGGAGAUCCUGUUGGAGUUGUCCAUUUUGUGGGUGGUGUUUUCGUUGGAGCUGCUCCACAGAUCACGUAUCGCUUGUUUCUGGAACGCCUUGCAGAGAGAGGAUUCUUGAUCAUAGCAACGCCAUUCGCGAGUGGCUUCGACCACUUGAAGAUCGCUGACGAGACGCAGUUUAAGUUUGAUCGCUGCAUAAGAGCCUUGAAAGAGCAAUCUUUGGAAUCACUGCCUAGCUUUGGUGUCGGGCAUUCUCUAGGAGCACUGGUACAUCUUCUUAUUGGAGCCCGUUAUGCAGUGGAACGGGCAGGCAACGUUCUGAUGUCUUUCAACAACAAGGGGGCCAAGCAAGCAAUUCCUUUGUUCUCACCGGUUGCAGUUCCAAUGGCUCAAAACCUCGGGCCCCUCCUCACACAAAUCAGCAACUCUCCCACUGUUCGCUUCGGGGCAGAAAUGGCAAAGAGGCAACUCGAAACUCUCAGUCCGCCACUCGUGAAGCAGAUCCUUCCUCUUGUCGAGCAGCUUCCCUCCUUGUACAUGGAGCUGGCAAACGGUAAAGAAGACUUCACUCCAACCGUAGAAGAUGCAACUAGAUUGAUAAGAUCCUACUAUGGCAUCAGACGUAAUCUACUGGUGCGUUUCAAGGACGAUGUGAUCGACGAAACUCCAGAGCUGGCCAAGAUCUUGAGCUCGAGCUCUGCUGUGAGCAUGAACCUCGACUUGUCAGUGAGGACGUUAUCUGGAGAUCACGCCAGGCCUCUCCAGCAGGUAUUCCCCGAGGUUCCUGGCGUGAUGGCUGACGCUGUGACGCGAGGGAGCGAUUUGCUAGCAUCGCUAGCAGUGGGCACUCUUUUCGAAGGGGUGGCCAAAGAGGUUGGGCAGACUUUUGGAUCUGAUCCAGCGUCUCAGCGGCUUCGCCAGCAGCUUCUGGAAGAUAUCGAAAACUUGGUGGAGGAAAUCGCAGCAUGGAUGCUAUUGUCGAUACAAAGCCGUGCUGAGUAACGAAUAUCUGUAUGUAAGUGUGACCCUGCAUGGUUGACAAAACAACUAUAGGAAAUAUACUAAUCUUUAGAUUUUGAA